UGACCGAGCGAGACGAGCGUCACGUGAUAUGAAGGCAAGGAAGUUGUGUCACAUAAACAGAAAGCUAUCUUCAAAAGACAAGCGUCUUGUGCUUAAAUUAGUCCUUUUAAAAUCUGUUUUAUCGGCGCAUACGGCAGAUUAGCGCAUGGUGAGACAUGUCUGCAAGCCACGCAAGGGACUCCAGCUUUCUGGGAGGCAGGAUCCCUCCGGAGAUCGAGUCCAUGUCGAAAAAUCUGAAGGAUGUGGACCAGGAGAUGUUCAGAAAAAUACUCAAAGCUGUGGUCAGCGCCCUGGAGGGGAAGGACAGCAGAGAGGUGUUGAAGUCCAUAGCAGAGAGCAGUCCCAUCCCCCAGGAGAGGCUCACUUACAUCGUAGCUGGGAUGUACAGGGUCCUGUCUGAGGCCAUCCGCAUCCCCACAUCGUCGCUUAAACAAGAGGCCUUCAAAGAAGAUCUCAGAGAACUGAGGAUACCUGAAGACUUCAUCACAGAUUUCUCCAGCGUGGUUUUCGGCAAUCGUCGUGCAGCUAUAGAGGCGGCGACCUCCCAGAAUGAUCCUCACCUCCCCACAGUAGAAGACUUUAAAUGGAGAGUGGAUGUUGCAAUUUCUACAAGCUCUUUAGUCCGGGCCCUGCAGCCUUCUGUUCUGAUGCAGAUGAAACUAUCAGAUGGGAGCGUUCACCGCUUUGAGGUGCCGGUGUCAAAAUUCCAGGAGCUCCGUUACAACGUGGCUCUGAUCCUCAAAGAAAUGAACGACCUGGAGAAGAGAAGCAUCCUCCAAAUCCAAGAUUGAUCGACGGCACAGGGCUGUUAUCCAAUCAAGCUGUCCUCCAUUCUUAGUCUUUGAGAUUUAGUGAAAUUUUGUAAAUUGCACAAAACGCAGCUCAUUUUUAAUAAUUUCAAAUAUGAUGUUAUGAAAGUUGAUGAUAAUCUGCCUGUAAUGAUGUUAUGAUUUGAUGCUGUUGGUAUCCAACAUGCUUGACUGUUCACAGAGUACAAAAUGAUAAGAAUAGUUUGCCUGGCUAAAUGAUAUUAUCAUUUUUUCUGUGUCACAGAAACUUAUGUUCAAAAACACAACACAACAAAGAUCAGAGGUGUUGUAAACUGUACAUAUUAGCAUUAUUCAAUUCACUGAUUGUUUGGAGAUUGGACACGGCUGCAAAGCCUCCUUUGUGCCAAAAUACAAAUGCAGUCAAGCAAGCACUCAAAUAAUUUACCUGCUUUAUCUGCUGCCUUCGAGACGGAACAUUUUGUUCAAGAGCUUCUGAAACAUGACGAUGUGCAAGUCAAAGAAUGAACAAGGUUAUCUUUUUUCUACUCAUGUUUUGAUACAUGUAACUCAAACCGGUGCCCGUACAAAAGAUUCAACUGUCCUUUGUGUUCUAGCACUAUUGUAUAACGUGUAACAUGAAGAUGUUUCUGUCAUUUUGUAAGUGUUUUCCAUAAUAACAUCAAGACCUUUUAACUCUUGAAACACAUUUCUCUAAUAAAUUAUGUCCGUUCCUGUA